UUCCAGGUUCUGUGAAAACUUGUGUUAUAUGGAGCCCAACUGCGUCAGCAUUAAUCUUUAUACACGGGCAGAUGGAAAUGGAAACUAUAAAUGUGAACUGAACAAUGCUACUCAUGAAGGACACGAAGAAAAGUUGAUAGACCAAGAGAUGUAUUCUUAUCGCGCAGCUGAGAGCAAUUGUGUUCAAAAUCCUUGUAAGAACAAUGCUACUUGCCAAAGCGGAUUUACUAAGAAAGGUUAUCGGUGUCUUUGUACCGCUGGAUUUGAGGGUCCAAUUUGCGAAAGAGACAUCAACGAAUGUGUUCGUGGGCUACACAAAUGCAGCUCUAAUGCGUUUUGUAACGAUACCAAAGGGUCAUACAAUUGCACAUGCAAACAUGGAUUCACGGGAAAUGGACGAGAAUGUAAAGACAUCGAUGAGUGUGUCGGAGGGUCACACUCUUGCAGCCCUGAUGCCUAUUGCAACAAUACCAAAGGGUCUUACAACUGUACAUGUAAACCUGGAUUCACUGGGAGUGGAAGAGAAUGCGAGGACAUCGAUGAGUGUGUCGGAAGGUCACACUCUUGCAGCCCUGAUGCCUAUUGCAACAAUACCAAAGGGUCUUACAACUGUACAUGUAAACCUGGAUUCACUGGAAAUGGACGAGAAUGUAAAGCUUCCUCGUGUAAAGAAAUUCAUUACUUAUCCAAUGUGAGUGGUGUGGUUACCCUUCUUGUUGAUUCCCAACCAUUGUCCGUUUUCUGUCACAUGGGAAAUUUUGGGUGUGGAGAUGGAGGAUGGACGCCAGUCAUGAAGAUUGACGGCAGAGAGACCACCUUCCGUUAUCGUGCAUGUUAUUGGAGUAAUUACGAUGAAUUCAACCUUCGCGGUGGAGAGACUGGGUUUGACGAACAAGAAUCAAAGCUACCCACCUACUGGAACACAUCCUUCUCCAAGAUCUGUCUUGGAAUGAAGAUCAACCAACAGCUCAGAUUUAUUGUUAUCAACAGGCUGGCUGACUCUCUGCACUCGAUAAUUGCUGAUGGCCAAUACCGAAACACGUCGCUAGGUCGUGACGAGUGGAAAAAGUUGAUUGGCAGCAACGCCUCUUUACAGCACAACUGUAACAAGGAAGGAUUCAAUGCCUUUUGUGGUACAAAUUAUCGUUCUAAAGUCAGAAUUGGUAUUGUUGGCAAUGACCAGAACAAGUGCCACUCGUGCAACUCUUUGAUUGGAUUUGGAAUAGGAAGUCCCCCUAAUGACGCAAAAUCUUGUGGAAACAAGGCACGCAAAGGACGCAAGAGUAUAAAAGCCAUGGGGUACAUAUUGGUGCAAUAA